AUUUGGCGUCAUUUUAUUUUAAACAGAGAAAAGGAGACUCUUCUCUCUCUUUCUUUAUCUCUACAAUGGAAAGAAACGCUACCAACUGUGACCAUGAACCUGCUAUUCAUGGCCAAUCGCCUUGCUUUUAUACUAAAGACAACGUAUGUAAUGAAAUAGUCUCAGAUAAAAAGCAUCCCUUCUGUUGUCAUAUCAAGGAACCGGAGAUUUGUGGACAAGCACCUACUUUUUAUUGUGGCAAUGAAUGUAAGAGACCAAAUGAUAAUGAACAAUCCAAUAAAUGAAGUACGCUACAUGUAUUGGACUCCCUAAGGUGGGGAGAAAAUAGUUAUAGUCGUUGGGUAUAUUUAGGAUGAAAUUCUAUAUAAUAAGUAAUCUCGAAAUAAAGACAGUUCAAGCUUACCUGAUUCAUCAAGAAU